AUGCAGGGUAUACUUAUUGUGGAUCUUGUGCUGCCCAUGCUUACAAACAAGUGGAUCCUAAUAUUACCCGAAAGAUUUUCAUUCUUGGGCCUUCCCACCACGUGCCCCUUUCCCGAUGUGCACUUUCCAGUGUGGACAUUUAUAGAACACCUCUGUAUGAUCUCCGAAUUGACCAAAAGAUUUAUGGAGAAUUGUGGAAGACUGGAAUGUUUGAGCGUAUGUCCCUACAGACAGAUGAAGAUGAACACAGUAUUGAAAUGCAUUUGCCUUACACUGCUAAAGCCAUGGAAAGGUCAGAGGUUCCGUUACAGUUACUAUGAUGAAUCCCAAGGAGAAAUUUAUAGAUCCAUUGAGCACCUAGAUAAAAUGGGUAUGAGCAUCAUAGAGCAGCUAGAUCCUGUAUCUUUUAGCAAUUACUUGAAGAAAUACCAUAAUACAAUAUGUGGAAGACAUCCUAUUGGUGUAUUAUUAAAUGCUAUCAACGAGCUCCAGAAGAAUGGGAUGAAUAUGAGCUUUUCAUUUUUGAAUUAUGCUCAGUCAAGCCAGUGUCGAAACUGGCAAGACAGCUCAGUGAGUUAUGCAGCUGGAGCACUUAUGGUCCACUGAACCGCUGAAUGCUCAGGGAUGGCACCUGCACACACCCUGUAUACGGGGUCCCAGCCUAGCCCUUACAAAGAUACAGUCCCUGGUCUUUGGGUAUACUGAAACCUCAAACUAAUAGAACUCUUCUUUUCUAGUAGGUGUAGUCCUUCCUUAGUUUCAACUCAUUUAAAAAUGCUUUCUUGUUUAGGACAGUGGAAGGAAGGCUGGUAUCAAAACAUUUUGUGAUUUUUAUUUCUUAUUUUUUGGGGGGGAAAGAUAAUGGCUAUGGAGGCAUGGUGGCAGACAGUCCUUACAAAUACAUGUAAAGCAUUUACCAUAUCCUAAAUUUGCACUCUUUGCAGACCUGUGCACAUAUACUCAGCUUUCAGAAUAGUUUUGCAAGUUGUAAACAGAAAAAAGGUGGAAGCUCUUGAAUGAAAGGAAAAAAAGGAAAAAAAAGAAAACAAUGCAUUUAUAAAUGAUCCUGUAUUAGAAUAUAAUAAAACUCCAGUAUAGUCAGUUACUACCCAUGAUGUACAACAGAUAUCUUCUAUUUUAGUUGCUAAUAAAGGGCUACACAAACCAAAAUAGUCUGAUUUAAACUUAUUGCUUUGUGUUCUGUAUGUGGCUGCUUGUUAUUAACAUUCUUUAUCCUCAGUUCAUAUGCUUGAUAAUUCCGCCAUUGUGUAAAAUACUUCAGAAUGUAUUUUAUACUCAACAUUUGUUAUGACUGCUUCAUUUAGAGAUUUUUUUAUCUUAAACCUGCACUAUGAGUUCAGCUGUGCAAAAGAACUUAAAAACCUUUUGUAUAUCCCGAUCCCUUUUGGUUUACAACUAUCUAUAAAAUAGUAUCUUAUAGUAUGUGAUACAAAUUUGUAUCAAAAAUACACUUUUAAUGAUUUUAUGCUGUUUGAUUAUUAAAGUGAAAUAGAUGCAGUAUUUUUAUUUGAAAUGACAAGCAGUAGUUUGAAAAAGAUAAUUCUUAAGCGUAUCUAUCAAGCAUUCAUAGGCCACAAAAGCCAUACAGUGCUAAGCUCAAGCAGUUGAUUCUUCAGAGAUUUAAUUGGGAGGGGAAGGUAAGGUCUUUUAUUUAUUUUUUAGUCUUUAUUCUUUCACUGUAGGUAGAAUUGCUUCAUGUUCUGCAAAUAUCAUCACAUCUUAAGAGUUCCUGAAUUUUCUUCCAGCCAAAAUAAUGGUGUGAUUAUUUGAGUUAUCAUUCCUGAAGAUUUCCUUUUGUUCUGAUAAAUGCAAAGUAGGAAGACAGUUCUGGCUCAUUGUCUAAAUGGAGAUUUCAUUCCUUGGUAUUUCACCUGCUGUCAAGCAAACCUCUUGGUACAUUCAGCUUUUCUGAGUGGCAGAGGGGAAUUUCGGAAUUCAAUUUAGAUUAUCUUUGAAAGUUGUGAAUUGCUGCAUACAAAGUCUUCAACUGAAAGCAUACUAGAUGUUGUAAUCUUAUCAAAAUACCCUUUUUCAAACAGACACUUCUUACACCACUUCUGUUUUCCUUAUCAUAGUUGGCCACCAUUUUAGUAGUAAAGAGGUGAAUGCUCCAUUUACAAAAUUAACUACUUUGCAAUGUUCAGAAUCCAUUCCAAAUGCCAAACUCCUUUACAUGUUUGUUGUUUCAGUUGCCUUAUUGCUCAGCCUUGUUCUUGGAAAGUCUCAGCAGCAGACAGGUAAAAGAACUUUCAAAUUACUUUUGAGAGACCAGCAGGAAGGCUCUGCUGAUAGAACUGAAUUUGUAGCCAGUCUUUAUAAAUACUUGUCUGACUGUGCCUUAUUAAAAAAAGUAGUUUUAUCAUGAAGGUGUUUCUUUUUUUUUUUUUUUUAAUCUUUGGUGAAUACAAAUUUAAUUAGGACUCAGGUUUCCUUUAGUCUUAUGCCAAAUGCUUAAUGCCAUUCUUGAAACACAUAGUUAAUUGGGAUAGUGAAAUAUAUACUUUCUCCCUAAGGUAAACAUAGUAAUUAGCUUCUGAAUAUAAAUGCCUGAGUUGCAUCUCAGUUCUGUGAGAUAGUUUUAAUAAAAACAAAACUGGAAGACCUUCAAGGAUAUUGGUCAGCCAUUUUGCUCAGCACAAUGUUACGAAAUAUCUUACAGUGAAAGCACUUGACAUGUAAACUGUGUAAUGUAUUUCAGAAUAAAGUUUCUAAUUAAAAUGGGAA